AUGCUUGGUGAAAUUGAGGUCAUGGAAAAGGGUGGGAUUUCUAUUGGGAGAUAUUCCGACUUGGUAUUUAGCAGCGGAAACCCCGGAACAGCUAUUGCUAAUGGACCAGAGAGGCUAUGCCUUCACAAUGUAUUUGAUCAGAGGUAUGGGGUUAUCAAAAAACUUCAGCAACUUAUUGCAUUGAAGAUAUUGAAGUAG